AUGUACAUGUUUUUGUUGGAAGGACAGUUUCCGGGAGUGGACAAUUUCCCUUGCAAUUCUGUUUGGCGGAGCUUCAUCCACCCAAAGGUGUGCGCUUUCAUGUGGACGAUCGCCCACAAGCGUACUCUUACCAUGGAUAACUUGCAAAGGAGGGGUUGGUCCCUUGCAAACAGAUGCAGUCUUCGUUUCAAGGCCGAGGAGACAGUCAACCAUAUCAUCAUCGACUACGAUUUCGUGAAAGUUGUGUGGAGCGAAGUGUUGAAGUUUUGUGGCAACUUGACUAUUCUAUAG